CAGGCGCUCCGCUGCGCCGGAGGCUGCACGGAAGCGCACAAGCUGCUUGAUAGUAAAAAACGGCAGAUACAGUGAGUGAAACUGAUGAGAGGAGAUACAGUGUGUGGGCAACAGCAGUUCAUUAUCAGCUGCGUGGUGGAGAGACAGGGAGAGAGAGCCACAUGCCGGUGUGGGGAGCGUCUUGGACGGACAGAGCGUCUUCAGGAGGGCAAGCAGCUGAAGAAGGAAGGAUCUGUCUCCUCAUGACGGCUUGACACAACUCAAGGCAGCGAACAGGUUUCCCACGAGACCUGCCUCCUGGACCAGGUGCUGGAGCUGAUUAUGAACGAGAAGCCGCCCACCAGUGCUAGUCUUUUCCUGAACGAGGACGCGGACAAACCCCCCCUGCCAGAGAGAGGAGACUUGAGGAGACGCUUACGCAGGGCCAUGGAGAAGAGAGCCAGCAGCAUGAAGGAGAGGAUGGGCUCCAUCAGUCGUGACAGCGUCAAAGGUUUCCUCAAGAGGAACCUGUUCGUUCUGUUCACUGUCGCCGCCGUGGCUGUGGGGGUAAUCCUGGGCUUUGCUCUACGCCCCCUCAACCUGUCCCUGAGGGAGAUCAAGUACUUUGCCUUUCCAGGGGAGCUGCUAAUGAGAAUGCUACAGAUGCUGGUGCUGCCUCUAAUCGUCUCCAGUCUGAUCACAGGUAUUUCCUCCUUGGACAGCAAAGCGUCAGGUAAGAUGGGUAUGCGCGCAGUGGUGUACUACAUGGUGACCACCCUGAUUGCUGUGUUCAUCGGCAUUGUCACGGUGAUAAUCAUCCGGCCGGGGAAAGGCAGCAGGGACAGUGCUGUGGCCAACAGCGGGAACAUAGAGCCGGUUCAAGCUACUGAUGCUUUCCUGGAUCUCAUCAGGAACAUGUUUCCUCCCAAUCUGGUAGAGGCUUGUUUCAAGCAGUAUAAAACUGUGUACAAGAAGACUGUGCACAUAAGGAAUGUGACAGUGGCCCUUAAUCUCACAGACUCUCUUAACGUGACAGAGUCUAACCUGAGCGUGAACCUCAGCAGGGUGCUGCACACCAUACAGGAGACAGUGGAGGAGACUGUCCCUGUGUCCGGCUCCUCCAACGGAGUGAACGCUCUGGGUUUGGUGGUUUUCUCCAUGUGCUUCGGUCUGGUCAUUGGCAACAUGAAGCAGCAGGGUCAGGCCCUCAGGGACUUCUUUGACUGCCUCAAUGAAGCCAUCAUGAGGCUGGUGUCCAUCAUCAUCUGGUAUGCUCCAGUCGGCAUCCUGUUCCUGGUUGCAGGGAAGAUUGUAGAAAUGAAGAACCUGGCAGAGGUGGGAGGCCAGCUGGGGAUGUACAUGGUGUCGGUCAUUGUGGGUCUCCUCAUCCACGGCCUCUUUGUCCUGCCGCUGCUUUACUUCAUGGUAACCAGGAGGAAUCCCUUCACCUUCAUCGGUGGCCUGCUGCAGGCGCUCAUCACUGCGCUGGGAACCUCAUCGAGCUCUGCCACCCUGCCCAUCACCUUCCGCUGCCUGGAGGAGAACAACCGUGUGGAUAAACGAGUGACACGUUUCGUCCUCCCUGUAGGUGCCACCAUCAACAUGGAUGGUACCGCCCUCUACGAGGCUGUGGCAGCCAUCUUUAUUGCUCAAGUCAAUGACAUGGACCUAAACUUUGGUCAGAUUCUCACCAUCAGUAUCACAGCAACUGCUGCCAGCAUCGGAGCAGCAGGCAUCCCUCAGGCUGGCCUGGUUACCAUGGUGAUCGUAUUGACAUCGGUGGGACUGCCCACAGAGGACAUUACACUGAUCAUCGCCGUGGAUUGGUUCUUGGACCGCUUGCGUACCACCACCAACGUGCUGGGUGACUCACUCGGGGCUGGCAUCGUGGAAUACCUUUCCCGUGGAGAGCUGCAGAGUCAGGAUGCUGAGGUGCGCAACUCUGUAAUCGAGGAGAAUGAGAAGCCCUACCAGCUCAUCUGUCAGGAAAACGACACACACAACCACCGCAACAGUGAGACCACAAUGUGAAGACAACAGAUACCACCUUGAGGGCUCCAUGUACUCAAAGCAUUUUAGCUAGCAAGGUUGCAGGGAAAGUCUUAGAAAACAGUAGUUCAUGGUCAACUCAGCCAGUGUUCGAGGUUCGAAGAUCAAUUUUGCAAUUUCAGACGCACACUAACACCUUUCCUUAAAUACUAAAAGUUCUUUGAAAACACAGAGCCUUGCCUGGGGUUGCUUGAUGACAGGAAAUAAGUACACACACUUUUUCAGAACAGUUACACAGCCAAUGCCUACAAACUGAUAUUUUGCCUGGAGUGCCAGUUAUUUGGGGGCAUUUUGCUGCUGAAGCUCAACAUGUCAAAGACAGUUGAGAGUCAUUUUUAAAACAUCUUCAGCUUCAUCACAUUUUCAAAGAUUUCUAUGAUUUACGAUCCAUAAAAUCAGAGCAGCAUAAACUCCUUACCAGCAUCAGUGUUAGAAUACUCAGUAUUACUGUAGAGAAACACCAUCGUUCAUCAUUAAAAUGUAAACCAGCUGAUUUUCCUCUGUUGUGAAUAUGUAAUCUGCAUAAUUUGGCUAUUUCUGUUGCAUGAUUUAACACUUUAUACGUUAUUUCUUUUGUAAACACUCAUUUUUGUCCGUCUCAUUACGACUACCUCUAAAGGGACGUAGAUAUGGAGCUUCUACUGCGCUACACACACAAAUAAUCAAUGGAGCAUAUCAGCAGGAUGUAAAUACAUCAGUCUCAGACUUCGCCUUAGUCUUGUUAUUAAUAUUUUUUAUGUUAUUUAAGUUUGCUUGCACAAUUUAAUUGUACUUUUUUAAUGUACUUGACUGUUAAACACUGGAGAAUGAGGUGAAAGAGAAGUUUUGCUACUCUUUUUUUUUUUUAAGUUGAUAUAUUUUAAGUGACUUGCUUAAACGUUUUUCACUCAGUGCUUUCUUAUAAAUAUUAUAUUCGUGUGUAUUUAUCUUAUUUGGUGCUAUUGCUUUGAAAUGACUGUACUGCUACAAACAGAAACACCUGCAGUUUUAUACUCUCUGUUCCUUUAUGCUGAGUAAUUAUUCAGUUAUCCUGUUAGAAAGAAAAAUCAGAGAAUGAUCAGUUUCUUGUUUUUCCAUUUCAAGGUUCAGUUUAUCUUGUAUUGGAUCUAUUAUUGUUAUAAUUAUUAUUGAUUUAUAAAGUAUAAAUAACUGUAGUUUCAAGUUUCAAGACUGUUAGAGGACUUUUUGUUGUUGGUCACAAAAAUGUGCAUAACAUCACUGCACCAUUAAACCUGCCUGUCUGGGAUUUCUGCUUUAAAAUUCACACUAUCAACAUUUCUUUUGUAAUAUUUUGACUGGAAUAAUAUAUUGCAAGCUAAUGAUUGAUUUAUUUUUAUUUUGUAAAAAGGUACUGGGAAGAAAGUUUGUGAAUGCCUCAAGGAAUUGAAUGUACGGUUGCUUUAUGCUUCUUGGUGUUGAUAGUUUAGAGGACAAUGUGGUGUUUAAUUAUGAAAGUUAAAAAGUUAUACCAUUUAAAGUUCUUCUGACACACUUUUAUGCUCAUGUCAUGUCAGGUUUGACUUUAGUUUUGAAGCUCGGUGUUAUUUCAGUAAAAAGUUCAACAUUUUUGAUGGACAGCUUAUGAAAAAAUGUGACGAAUA